UAAAUCAAAAGCUACAGCCAGGUGAAAGAUACUUUCCCAUACAACAACAGCGAAGCAUGGUUCAACUACCACAUAGUUUCUCCAAUCUUGACAUAGUUAGUAAAGUACGUCAUAAUCGAAGGUUAGGAGUGAAAUCAGUAAUAAAUUUCCGUUAAUAAAAAAUAGGUGCAUUAUAAUUGCAAAUGAUUUCGGGAAAAACAAAAGCAUCUAACGAGAACGAAUCAAAACGCCCAAGAUUUGUACCCGUCACUACCUUAACAGAUGUCCAAGCUGUUCGAUGCGCCGAAUUUCAUCCGAAUGGAAAGUUAUAUGUUGUCGGAUCAAAUUCGAAAACAUUUCGAAUUUGCAAAUAUCCGCAAUUGUCUGAACUAAAAAAGUUUCAGGAAGUACAACAGCCUACUGUUUUAUUUAAACGCACAAAACACCAUAAAGGCUCAAUUUACUGUACAGCAUGGUCGGCAGAUGGGCUACUUAUAGCAACGGGUUCCAAUGACAAAACCGUUAAGCUUAUGCAUUUCAAUAACGACGAAACACAAUUGGAGGGACGGGAAAUAGAUUUGACUAUGCACGAUGGCACAGUUAGAGAUCUAUGCUUCUUAGAAGAUUCCAUAAACAAAUCACGGCUGCUUAUAAGUGGUGGAGCUGGCAAUUGUAAGAUUUAUGUUACAGAUUGUGCAACUGCAACCCCCUAUCAGGCGCUCAGUGGUCACAGCGGACAUAUACUGUCUUUAUAUAACUGGGGAGGUGUUAUGUUUGUUUCAGGAUCGCAGGACAAAACAGUUCGUUUUUGGGAUUUACGAACCAAUGAAUGUGUAAACACAGUAGCUCCAAUAACACUUCAGGGGUCUACAUUUGGUUCACCUGUCGCUUCAGUAUGUGUUGAUCCCUCUGGCCGUUUACUUGUUUCUGGUCACGAGGAUAGUGCCUGUGUGCUUUUCGAUAUACGUGGAAACAGGCCGAUACAAUGCUUUCAACCACAUACUUCGGAUAUAAGAUCGAUACGUUUUUCUCCCUCGGCAUAUUAUUUACUUACAUGUGGAUAUGACAAUAAUAUUGUACUUACUGAUUUACAAGGCGAUCUAACCCUUCCCCUUCCAUCUGUGUUAGUUGCACAGCACAGCGAUAAAGCUAUUUCAGCACGUUGGCAUCCGACUGAUUUCUCCUUCCUCUCCACUUCGGCUGAUAAAACAUCAACACUAUGGGCCUUGCCACCGUUCUGAAUGCCUUAAUUGACACCUACCAGUGAUCCUAAUAUCUACGCAAAUUAAUAUUUUAUUUUUUAUGUUAUUUAUAAAUCCAAAAUUAAAUACGAUGCCUUAUUAGAAAAA